CACACAUCAAGUUACCUAACCAACGUACUAGGCUGCGCAGGAUCCCAGCCUCUACUGCUAACCGACGCGGCCGCAUAUGCUUGCGCCGCCUGAGUACCAAUUCAAUAGACCAGCAGUUGCGGUAAUAUGACGAGGAACUACCCAAUCGGAGCAAGCUCCGUUCACAGCCAUCAGCCACAGGAUGUUCGGGGAUGAGUGUUGUGCGUUAAUCCGGCUGGGGCGAACCUAUGGGGAUCGCAGCAAUUGUUGGGGUCCUCGUUGCAUGGGCGUGCGAAUCUUGACUCCAUGGGGUCCAUGGUGACACGGCUCCUUUCCCUUUGUGCGUCUGCCCAAAGCGGAUUGCUUGGAGGACCAUGCCCUUUGUUCUGCAGGCCCUUCCGAUUCUUAUUCUCCCAAUUUUGCUAGCUGUGGGAUACGUUACAGGGAUGCAUAUCCCGAACGUGUACUACCCUGCUUCACCGUUGCUGUUCAAAGUCCGCCAACGUGCGGGAGCACCUGAUAUUGUCAGCAAUGAAGCCAACAGCGAUGCGACACAUGCCAAUGGCAAUGGUUCGCAGAACCAUUUUCCCAGGAAGAAGGUCGAGUCCAUGAGUAUCAAGACUUUUCUCGAGUCAAGGGUGCCAAGUUUGUACAAGGGCUACAGACCUUCCUGGUGGCUUCCUAGUGGACAUCUUCAGACUUUCUAUGUCGUUUCUGGGGAUUUCACGAAGACUGAUCAACUGCUGUACGAGCGCACGUUGCUCCGAACCCCUGAUGGAGGCACAUUGGGACUGGACAUGACACCAACGACUGAACAAAACCCUGACCUCCCUGAUGAUACACCCAUCGUUGUCGUUCAGCAUGGUUUGACUGGCGGAUCAUAUGAGUCUUAUGUUCGCUCCAUUCUCGCUCAUUCUUGUGCGCCAAAAUCACAAGGCGGUUUAGGCUACAGAGGAAUCGUGAUCAAUUUCCGAGGAUGUGCAAACGUACCUGUUACUAGCUGGCAAUUCUACAGCGCUGGACACACGGAGGAUUUACGUUGCGGUCUACUGUUUAUUUCACACAAAUUCCCAAAAGCUCCACUCAUCGGUCUCGGGUUCUCUCUUGGCGCCAAUGUGAUGACUCGUUACUUGGGCGAGGAGAAAGAGUGGAGUAGACUGCAGGCUGGCAUUGUACUUGCCUGUCCCUGGGAUGUUGUCAAAAAUAGCAUAAGAUUGGAAACAGAGUUCAUUCCGAAAACAUUGUAUGCUCCCGCUUUGGGAGGCAAUCUCAUGGCAUUAAUCCGAGGACACGUUGGCACCCUUCAGAAGCUACCACCAGACGAUCGACUGGCCCCUCAGAUGGAUAACAUUCUCAGUUUGAAAAAUCCAACUCUUAAGCAAGUUGACCACGCCCUAACCCGGUUCUGUGGCGGUUCUUCUCCGCCUUUUCCUUUCAAGUCUGCCGAUGAAUACUAUGUGUGGGCCAGCAGUCAUCGGCAUGUAACCUCUAUUCGAGUACCAUUUCUCGCCAUCAACGCUGCCGAUGACCCGAUUGUCGGUUUCUCUCCAACCGAGGAAACAGCCCAUGGCCAGACAUGUGCUCUUGCAGUAACACCAUCCGGGGGUCAUCUUGGCUGGUUCCGCGGUGGAAGUCCGAUCGGAAGUGGUGGGCCUCCUGACCGUUGGGUCCGUGAGCCAGUCUUAGAGUUCCUGAGGGCUGCCGCAGAGGAUUAUGUUCCUGAUUCGAGGUAUGGGCCGCCGAAGGAUGGAAGGGAUAGGGUUGAACGCGAUGGGUUUGUUCUUGAGAGAGGUAAAGAUCUUAUCGGCUACAAGGUUGUUUCGACAGGGCAAAUCAUUCACGGAGGUGAGAGCACCCCCGCGCAUAAGCUCAAGACGCAAGGACUUUAGAGUAGAAUCUGGGUAACCGCUGUAGAUCCUCGCCGAUUUUUGUUGUUAGACAUGAAUUUUAAUCUUACGUGACGAUUUGUUUAU